ACGUGAUCAAAAGAGGACGUCUAUUGAGAUUCGUGAACAUGUCGCUGGUCUAACGGCUUCACUAUAUUAAGGCGGAACGCCCCCCCGAAGGACGCAGCUGAUUGGCGGACGUCACGGAGUAGGCCAAAGCUGGCUGUGUAGGUGUCUGCUGUCGUGUAAACACCAUGGUGGUUCUCAAGGCAGCAGCAGCAUCUCUCGGGCGGUGUCUCUUCGGCGCCCUUGCCAAGCCGUCCCAGCGUCGGCGAUGGACGCCCGUCAGGGGCUGCAGUCUCACCGCCAGCUCCAGCAAAUUCGUGUUGUCACGAGUGCACCCGAUGUGGCAGGAGCCCCUGGCCAUCCCUGGGGGUGACCGACAGUCCCCAAUCAACAUCACCAUGCGCAAGAGCAUCUACGACCCCCACCUCCAGCCCAUCUCCAUCAGAUACGACCCCAGGACAUGCCAGCAGAUCUGGAACAAUGGAUACUCCUUCCUGGUGGAGUUUGAUGACACCACGGACAAAUCCACACUCAGAGGUGGCCCCCUGGAAGACCAAUACCGGCUCUGCCAAUUCCACUUCCACUGGGGGGAGAGCAACGCCUGGGGUUCGGAGCAUACUGUGGACCGCUGCCUCUACCCAGCUGAGCUUCACCUGGUCCACUGGAACUCGGAGAAGUACAGCCUGUUUGAGGAGGCGGUGAUGGAGGAGAAUGGGCUUGCGGUCAUCGGCAUCUUUCUGAAGGUGGGGAAGAGACAUGACGGUCUGCAGAAACUCGUGGAUGCCCUCCCUGCAAUCAGGCACAAGGACAGCGUGGUGGAGUUUAAUAGGUUUGACCCCAGCUGCCUCCUGCCAUCUAACACAGACGACUACUGGACGUAUGCAGGCUCCCUGACCACCCCCCCGCUGACGGAGGCCGUCACCUGGAUCAUCAUGAAGAAGCACAUUGAAGUCAGUCACGACCAGCUGGCGGUGUUCCGGAGCCUUCUGUUUACUUCUGCCGAGGAAGAGAUGCAAAAGAGCAUGGUCAACAAUUUCCGCUGUCAGCAGCCCCUGAGGGGGCGGACUGUACGCUCUUCUUUUUCCCCAUUCCUCCAUGAAGACGUGUCCAGUGAGGCAGCAGGCCGCUGAGUUCUGUCUUAGAGCUGCCACUGUCUGCAGGAGGGGGGCUCCUAGUGGUGGGGGAUGGUACUGCAGCAUAAAACUGGGCAGGACAUUUAUGAGAUGUUCAGCAUGGAUGCAGUAAUUGAACAGUUGAACAGCAGUUUUAAAACCAGUCAAGGUGGUUCUAUUUCAGUUUCUGACUCAAUUUUUAUUUUACAUAAUAUAGCCUUUACUUUGUAGCAGUGCCAGUGUCUUAUUGUGCUAUGGAUCACAAUCAGGGCUGUUUUAGAGAUCCAAAACAUUUAUGGGACUUUAGUUUUAAGGCUGAGAAGCCCCUUUUAACAGAAGCCGCACAGAUAUUAGCUGCCAGACACACAGUGAAUUUGUCUAUAGCUUAUUCACAGACCAGGGGAGGUUCCUCGCCUCUCAGGCAAAACAAUCAGCACAUAUGCCCUUUACUGUGACUCGCUGAAGAGUUUCCCUCAAACAUGAGCUCGUGCUCUUAUUCUUUCUCUGUUUCCCCCAGAGCAGGGGGGUAAGAGAGCAGCUCCAUCUUGUCUGCCGGUUGUCAGGUGCGGCUGCUGCUCCUACAUUCCCGAGCCUCAGGUGAGCCAGGUUGCAGCGGUCUGUGACCAGUGGGCAGUGCACCGAGCCAAACGCAGUAUGGUGAUGCUGACCCAAGCCAGAGUAGCAACUGUUGUCACCUGACUGCAUCUUCAUGUGCUUCUGGCAGCCAGUGUUUAUCAAAUGAAAAACCUGCUCCACCUCUUUGCCUGGCGGAACAGCAGAACCCCAGAGGCACAGAACAGCCUGCAUCCUUGCUUUGGGCUGGUUUCAUGAUCGGUCUCCGGCCACACUGUUGUCAUGGAGAUCACGUUUCCCCUGUUCUUCUGCUUAGGGUAGGAAGGGCUGUAGAAAGGAGGGAUCGAGGGAUGUUGAGGAUCCAUGGACCAAAACUCUUGGCCUUUUGCUUUCAGUACGUUAUGCUGUUUAUAUAUUACCUGGCUGUUGAUUGGCCCAUGUCUGGAUUGGCACAUUUUUAUUUUUGUCUUGGGGCAAAAAUGCAGCCCUAAUUUGCCCUGCGUAAUGCGGAGAGACUUUGGUUUAUUCUGAAUGUGGAGGGCGGGAGGAUGGUUGUUUCUGGGACCAUGAGAGAAUAAUGGCCUUAUGCAAACUGGCCCAGCCGCAGACCCUGCUCUGAAUGGACCACCUGGGCCCUGCCCCCACCUGUCUCCCAUUCACUGGCCCGGGGCACGAUUUGAUGCUAACCUGACCUGAAAGGCUGUCUCCGCAUUCCCAACAAUGGAGGUCUGCAGAGCCGGCCUGACCCCCUACUGGCCUAGCGCUUUGCCCAGAGAGAUGAGCUUGAUUGGGCUGCCAUUAGUCAGUAUUUGGAUGAUAUUUCAAGAAGCUCUCAUUUUGUUUGGGUUUCUCCUUUGGUUUAUCUGCUUCUUCAUACCCACCCCUCCUUCAAGCUGUCCAAGAGAAGAUGGACUGGGUGCCGUUUUCCUAGUUUUGAGUUGGGGUGGGGUGGUUGUGCUUGGGGGAGAUUUUUUUUUUGCUUAUUCACAAAAUAAGGGAUAGUAUAGUUUUGAAGUACAAUAUUUCCGUUAGUUCUACACUCGAUGUGAUUGUAUUUGUGGCAUAGAUUUCAACUGAGGAAAGUUGUAACUGCUCUGUUUGCCUUUCAUGUUGGCCUCACAUACCAACAAAAGUACUACAUGGCAGGAAAAUCUCCGUACGCACAACCUUCAGAAUGUGAAUAUAAGCAAAUAUAUUUAUAGAGUGUUUUGUCUAUCCUGAGUGUUUCUGUUUAGCGUUGAGUGUUUUUAUGUCAUUUCUGCAGUUCUUUCAGACGAAUGAGUACUUUGGGUGUAGUUGUAGGCCUCUUCUCCUGUCCUGCUCUCAGAGGUCCCUUGUCACCUGCUGUUUCCUGCUCCUCUCUUCCUGCUCACUCCAGAAAUUUAUUACCUCGUUUAUGUCACAGAGCCAGAAGGACAGUAGGCCCAACCCACAAAAACUGUUACUCCUCAUGAAAGCUGAAAGACUGAUUAAUCUCUAUGCAUUAAACACGUGAGAAGUGUGUACUGUA